AUGGCCGACGACAACGAGCAACGGCUCACGGAUGGCGUGUCCGUGGACGCGAUCAAGGCCUUCCUUGCAGACCUGAAGCGCCAGUUCCCCGACACGCACAAUGAGAUGACGACGGCGGAUGCCUGCAAGCAGCUUGUGGUUCCCCGAACACACGGCGCCAGCUGCGCCUACGUUGAUCUGUUGCGAAAGCAGUCGCCUGAAAGUGUCGGCAAGGCCACCGUGUUUGUGUCGCACGCAUGGCGGUACAAGAUCGCAGACGUGCUCAAUGUCUUGCUCGAGUUUGCAGAGGAGCAAGCAACGAAGGACGACAGCAAGCCGGUGUUCUUCUGGUUUGACCUCUUCAUGAACAACCAAAACGCCAACGUCACGGCCAACCUCCCACAAGAGUGGUGGAGCACGACGUUCAAGGAGUCGAUUGCCAACAUUGGACGCGUGCUGCUGGUGCUCAUGCCGUGGCAAGACCCUGUUCCCUUGACACGCGCGUGGUGUUUGUGGGAGAUCUUCUGUGGCAUCAGCAACGAGGGCACUGAGGUCGACAUCCGUCUGCCCAACAGCGAGCAACAGGCACUGGAAGGCGCCAUCUGUGAGAACUACAAAGCUGUCACUGACACGCUAGUGCGCGUGCAAGCGGAGCGAGCAGAAGCAUUCAACCCACACGACAAGGACAUGAUCUUCAAUGCGAUUGAGUCAUGGGCUGGCGGCUUUGGCGCAGUCAACCAGGCCGUCAAGGACCAGCUGCGCGCGUGGUGCUUGGACAACGCGGAGGCUGCGGUGGAGGGCAUGCAGGCGCGAGGUGAAGAUGACACAGAGGUGUUCGCGGCGCUGUGCAGCCAAGUUGGACUGGUGCUGCGAGAGUUCGGUGAGCACAACAAGGCCAGAGAGUACUUUGAGAAGGCAAAGGCAAUCUACGUGGAGACGCUGGGGGAGAAGCACCCGAGCACGGCCGACGCGUACAUCAACCUCGGCCUCACCUACGACGACAAGGGUGACUUUGACCAGGCAAUAGACUUGUACCAAAAGGCGAAGCAGAUCCAGGCAGAGACGUUGGGAAACAACCAUCCAGGCACGGCGGCAGUCUGCAGCAGCCUUGGCAACGCAUACUACGCCAAGGGCAAGUACGACAAGGCAAUCGCAUACUACCAGGAGGACCUUGCCAUCACGUCGGAAGCGCUGGGAGAGAAACACCCGAGCGCAGCGCAGACCUACAGUAACAUCGGCAACGUGUAUUACGCACAGGGCGAAUAUGACAGCGCGAUCAAGCAAUACGAGAAGGCGAUGGAAAUCAACUUAGAGGCGCUGGGAGAGAAGCAUCCGGGCACAGCCAACACCCACAACAACAUCGGCAACGUGUACUUUGGCAAGGGGGAGUACGACAGGGCAAUUGAGCAUUUCGAGAAGGCGAGGAAGGUGUACGUGGAGACGUUGGGAGAGAAGCAUCCGACCACAGCCAUUGCAUACAAGGGUAUCGGGAAUGCACUCUCCAGCAAGGGCGAGCAUGACACGGCGAUUGAGUACUACGCAGCAGCGAAAGCGAUUCGGUUGGAAACGCUGGGUCCAACGCACCCGGAUACUGCCGAGUCGUUCAGCGAUUUCGGCAACGCCCACAGCGAGAUUGGCGAGUACGGGGUGGCCAUUGACCACCUGGAGGCAGCAAAGGAGAUUCACCUGCAGACGCUGGGCGAGGAGCACCCAACCACCGCAUACACCUUCAACAACCUCGCCGCCGCAUAUGAUGACAUGGGCGAGUACAGUAAGGCCAUGAAGUACUACGAGAGGGCAAGGGCGAUCAAGGCGGCGGUGCUGGGGGAGAAGCACUCCAGCAUGGCAAGCACGUGUACGGGUCUGGGCAACUUAUACAGCAAGAUGGGCAAGCAUGCCGAGGCGAUUCAGUGCUUCGAGAAGGCGAAGGAGAUCCAGGUAGCGACUUUGGGGGAGGUGCAUCCGACCACAGCCCUGACACUCGAGAGCAUUGGCGCGGAGUUUGCGGAGCAAGGCCGCAUGGACCGGGCCCGCGUGUUCUUUGAGCAAGCGCUUGAUGCCUUCACGGCUACGCUUGGCCCAGACCAUCCACACACGCGCGCGGCUGAAGAAGAACUGCGGCAGGCGAGAAGAGGAAACGGUGCGCAUGACUGGGGCGAAGAAGAUGAAGUGCGCCAGCACCGUGGGCUGCAGCAGCCUGCCCAGUCCAUGGCUGGAUGGCUGCAGAAGCGAAGGCGGUGGCGAGGAUCCUUUCACGCUUGUUGGGUCUUCCUUGAGGCAGGCACCCACUUGGUGUACAGCAAAGGCCCAGAAGAGACGGCUCGGCAGCGACGCAUACCGCUGUCAACCGUGCGCUCCGCUGAGCUGGCUCGCGACGGAAAGGACCUGCGUGUUGCCUGUCGCGGGCGAACCUUCGUGUUUCGCCAGCACGAGUGCUCAAACGCGGCGCUUACAGAUUGGUGCUCUGCCAUUCAGGCCGCACUCAGCUCCAACCCCAAUCAGACUGUAUAA